AUGCCUCUCACCCCAUAUGGAUCAGAAAAAGUGUUCACGCUGUACCUCUUCCGACAGGACGGCCUGCUGAAGGCAACUACCAACCCGCUACGAGGAAAGCCUCUCCUGCCGACCGACUCCGAGAACCACGAAUGCCAGGCGCCUUCCGGUCGGUGCUUCACUGGAGGUGAUACUCGCGCCUCGGAGCAGCCGGGACUCGCUGUCCUCCACACGCUGCUCUUGCGCGAGCACAACCGCGUGGCUACAGAACUGAAAAGCAUGAACCCUCACUGGAGCGAUGAACAGCUGUUCCAGAACGCGCGGCGCAUUGUAACGGCCGUCAACCAACACAUCACGUAUAACGAAUGGCUUCCUCGAGUGCUGGGAUGGAAUGCUAUCAAUCUAUAUGGUCUUAACCUAAUUCCAGAGGGAUACUUUGAUGGAUAUGACCCUACUGCAAACCCGACGAUCUUAAAUGAGUUCGGAAUCGCCUUCCGCUUCGGCCACUCGCUCCUAAAGCCGUCGCUGGAGCGCAUGGACGGCAUUUUCGCCAAGCGCGACCCUCCCAUCAAAACUCAGCGACCAUUUCUUCAAUCCGCCCUUUUAAACCAGCCCGGCAUGAUCGACGAAAUCAUCCGCGGCUCACAACGGAAGCUCCCGUUCUCUGGUCUUGACCUCGCAGCGCUAAAAACUUUCCAGCGCGGUCGCGACCACGGCUACAGCCCUACAACGAGUACCGUGCACUCUGCAACCUCACGAAGGCGAGGAAUUUCGACGACCUGCGACGCGAAAUCGCCGCACUGUCAUCGAGAGAUUGAAGCGCAAAAUACGCCACGUGGACGACAUCGACCUAUUCACUGGAGGUCUCGUUUUAAACGCCCCCUGCACGGAGGCCUCGUAGGACCCACCUUCGGCUGCAUCCUUGGCAUUCAGUUCCGCAAUUCCGCAUGUGCGAUCGCUUUGGUACGAAACGCUGAUCCUCUCGUGCGCUUCACUGACCCUCAGCUCACGGAGCUCCGGAAAGUGACUCUCGCCAAGGUCUUGUGCGACAAUUUUGAUUCUGUGGAAUCUGAACAGCGAUCGCAUUCGACCUCCCCGAUCCCUUCUCCUGUGUGGCCAGAGCCUGAAGAUCGUUUAACGCUUCCACCUGGCGCAGUCCUACAGCCCCGAAGCCAUCCUAAACGACCACGUGUGCAAGGCCCAGUGCGCCUUCCCCUUCAGAGCCUUCCCGAAGGUUCGCAGCGCAAGACUCGAACCAUGAAAAUUAGCAUAAAGUUAGCAAUCGCAGCAGUGCCGUCAAAUGCCAGAUCUGUUAACCUUCGUUCUAUAUCUCUGGGCUGCGUAGUAAUUAAGAUAUAA